GUCAGCUGACAGUGUCGCGUACUCGCCCCGUGUGCAUCGGUGCACCAUCGGCAGCGUAACGGUUAUAAUCGUUUGAAAAGUGUAUAAAAAAAUAUAUAUCUAUGUAUAUGUCGCAAUAAUUGUUGUACGGAGGUUCGAAAGACAAUCGAGGUGAACGGGAAUCGUCGUAUCCGAGCAACAUUUAUCCAAAGUUGUUCAACGACACUCUGUACUAGGUGAGAUGCGCCGUGCAAUAACAAAGUUGCUCUACGUCCGAACAUGUCGAGAGGAAGCUACGAGAUUCGGUUCGAUUUGUUAGAAACAAUACCAGAGUAUCGUUCUCCGGCGAGUGGGAACGAUCUGCGAACAAGUAGAUUCAUUCCUUGGAUAGAAUGAUCAUUGCGAUCCAGCGACAGUAUUACUUCAAGAAGAUUCGCUGUAAACGUUGAUCGUGUAAAUUGAUCGGAAUCUCGAUAAAUACACCUGCCAAGAAGAUUAAUCGCGAAUGCCAACGAGAAACAUGACCAAGUCCUUGAAAGUGGUUUUAGAUGAAACGUUAGCAUCGAGGAUCGACAGGGAGCCGGAUCGUUAUUGACGAGAAUAAGUAAAGUACAUAGAUUCGGAUCGUGGUGAAUCUGGAUGUUGCUCGAGACACGGAUCGAGCUAGGACAAUCAUAGUCGUUCAUCGAGCGUAAUUGAAAGACUGCCAACUGCCAUUGUGAAUCGCAGGAACCCCGGCUAAAGGACAAUCGCGGUUUCGUCGAAGAAUGACAAGCUCGGUCUGUAGGUGGAACAGUUGGAAAGCUCGGCCCAAAGGCAUGCAUCAUCAUCACAGAGAGCGUACCGCCACAGCCUCGAAUGAUGCAUGAUGAGCGGUGCGACUAGGCUCGAUCAGGAUUGGAUGAGAAUGGUCGAGUUACGCGGUGGCACCGGGAUGACGAGCGGGCUGAGCGGUCGGUCGUCGAGUCGUUUCCAUUACACGAUACUGACGAUUUUGGACACGAUGUUCUCGGCCACCGUAGCUGCGCCGACCGUGGUCGGUUACUGGAGAGGCACCUGGGGCCUGAGCGACGUCUACGUCUACCCCGAAGACCCGAUGCUCAGCAGCGUGACCUCGAUAGCGAUCGGCUUCAUCGGUCUGUACGCGUUCAACGUCACACAGCAUGUUCUCAACGACCUGCUACACCCGGACAAGCACCGGCUCUCCUACUACGUCGGUUCUCGGCUCUACACCGCGAUUUUCGGAUUCUGCUGCGUAAACGCCUGGCGCGGCGCCUGGAAGGCCCUCGACCUGUACACAGAACUCACACCUAGUACGGUUUUCGCCACCACUGCUGUUAGUCUGCUGGCACUAGCCAUUAUGCGCGCCGUCAGGAACAUUUCCGCGCCGCCGUUCUCCCUUUGCCUGGACUCCUGUCCAGGAUACUUUGAAGUGCCGACCAUGUUCCGCAUGAACAACACGAGAGUCUGGUCGUUGUACUUAUUGGACUGUGCGUUCAGCGUUCUUGUCGUCGGUUCUCUGGUCGUGUUCGUGUGGAGGGGUGUUUGGAUACUUAUCGAUCACUACCUGUUCCCAGAUGAUCGAGAGUAUUCCGCGAUUGGAUCCCUUGCCAUCGGAUACGCGAUAGUAACGGUGACGUUUUCUCUGCAACCAUUGAUGCGAUACGCGUGUGCCCAUCUUCGGGGCCUGGCCCGUUUAAUAGCAGCGGACAGUUUCCUCCUGCUCAGCUUCCUGGGCACGGUAAACGUCUGGCGCGGCAUUUGGAACGUCCUGGACCUCUGGCUAGUGCCGGAUAACCCGGAGUUAUCCUGUUGGAUCACUCACGUCGGAUGCUUCGUUUUCCUCGUACUUCUUAAUUGCAGUAACUCGAUCCUCGUGCGCGGCGUCUAUAUCGACGCCGAAGAAGAGGACGGCAAGUGUGUCGUGUUCCCUUGCCACUAUUUUCGAUUGUUCUUCAAGAUCGAACGCGAAAAGAAGGAAGCAAGACGACGAAACCUGUUGGUAGCCUCGAAGGACUUUCGGCCUCGGGCGGACGGAAACGCAAAGAGCGCCGAGAACGGGGCACUCCUCCCGAACACCACCACCACCUCCACCGCUACCAGCACCACCACCACCACCACCACCACCACCACCACCACCACCACCACCACCAUCUUGCCAACGAAUCCUGAAUCUCUCGUCUAAAUUCAAUGCCGAGAAACUCUCCGAGAAACUUUACUCGAUGCCGAAACUCUCGCCGAUCGAUCGUCGCGAACAACGAACCACAGUCGUGUUUAUGCUCCUGACCAGUGAUCGUGCAGCAGUAAAGUCACAUUGAUAGUCGUUAAAAAGAGGAGUCUGUUAAGCAGAUAGAGAGAUAGACGUCGAUCGAAGACAGUGCAACGACGCGAUACGUGUGUACAGAUCGAUAGAUAGCCGUUCUAGGUAGACCAGCACAGAUAGAUCCUUAGAAAAUCGAUUAAGUUAGGCAGAGACGGGCGUGAAGAACCGAUAAGUCUGGUGAAGAAUCGACGAAAAGCUACGAACGACAAGUCUAAGAAGAAUCGUAACGAACACGACGUUUGAUUGGAUAACUCCGCUCUACGUGCCUGAUCGUGCACGUCGAGUGCAGAAAUCAAUUUGUAGACCCAAUGUCGUAUCGAACAGUGGGACUCGAUCAAUUUGCGACUCGUUGACGUUGAAGAAGCGAUCGAGAAACCUUCUCUUUCGUGGAGGUUCGUAAUUACUCGCUGAAAUAUUCGUAACCGACAAACUCGCGAACGAACGUUUGUCAGCUCCGUCGCGAUUAUGUAGGAUUCAUAGGAUUUCUAGUCAUCGCUACCCUACGUUAAUCCCGCUUUCGUCGUUUGAUGCCUGUCGACCGAACAAACGUAUUGAAUUUAUUUUUGCGACACUUGUAAUUUUACCAAAGCGUACACUCUCGCGAUCCUAGCGUUAGAUGAGACCUUGAUGAUGACAAUGGUAAUAGACUGGACGCGAUCAUUAUAAAUGGGUUAUAACCUUCUUCCCCGCAUCCUGUACACCCCGCAGAUUUUGCUCUUGUGCGCCAAUUACGACGUCAUGGCGUACUAAUAAUUAAUUAACUGGAAUAAUGACGGGACAAUGGGCGGUUGGGCGCAUCGAUGGGGAAGUGGUUAGUUUGACGAUAAAUGGCUGCCCUCCUGGCCUACAUUUAAUAUUUUCAGAACGAACAAUGCGCCAACCGCCCCGGGCCGGAAGUAGUUUUCCAGCAACGUUCGCAUACGGGAAUCGAAAAUGAAUGUCGUGCGGCGAGACGGCGACGACGACGGCGAACAACGAGCGAAAGAGAUCGAUCCUAGUCAAAUUGUCUCCCGAUAAUCGUCGAAUUCGCGUCGCAUGGCGUCUACGAAAUAAUUAUCCUCGAAAGUGCGACUUCGAACGUACGAAGAUGUACAGGGUAUUUCAGAAUAAAUGGAGCAAUGGUAUAUAUAUAUAUAUACAUAUAUGUAUAUAUGUAUACAUGUAUAUAUAUAUAUAUAUAUAUAUAUUUGUACGCAGAUAUAUGCGACUUUUAAGACGGAACGUUGAUUGAAAUAAAACGAAAACUAAAAUACCGAAUCGAGCCAUACUUGACACCGUCCCAUCAAUGGAUAUUGCAAACGAACAACGAGUGUCCAGAGCAACCACGAUCGGAAAUCACCAAGGGCGAAUUAAAAAUACUUGGGAAGGGUCGAAUCUUGGAUAAGGCAGGGUACGCAUCCGAUCGAUUCUCGAUCGAUCGUAAUUGGAUUUUCGUCCGUGGAGUGGGGAGUGUCUAUUUGAGGCAACGCGAGACGGCCCCGUGGUGCAACGAUCAGAAUCAGUCGGUGUAUAUUUUCCCAAGUACGUAAAGGACAUAUGUCUACAAUUGGGGAUCUGUGGCUGGGUGAAGAACAGCAAGACCGGAACGAUACUCGGAAAAAUGCAAGGACCACGCGCG